CAGGCACUCUUUCAAUGAGGCACCUCGAAAAUAAAAGGUUGCAUGGCGGCGCUGCCAUGAUCACCGCCGGGACUCAAGCUCCGCCUCACCCAGCCGGACUUGCCCGCUACUGCCUGUCCACUUACAGCGGCCAUCAUGAAGCCGUCUCCGCUGUUCUGCUGCGUCCUCGCCAGCCUGCAGUCGCUGGCGGGCGCCGUUUCCAUUGCGGAGAUCAACGGCAACAAAUAUCUCUCGCCCUACUCCGGUCAGAUGGUCACCAAUGUCACGGGACUGCUCGUCGCCAAGGGGCCCAAUGGCGUGUGGAUUCGCUCGGCCUCACCCGAUGACGAUGAGGCCACCUCGGAGGCCAUCUACGUCUUCAGCAGCAGCGUGGGCGCCAAUCUGACCGUUGGCGAUGUCCUCUCGCUGGAUGGCAAGGUGUCCGAGUAUCGGUCGAACGCCAACUACAUGUAUUUGACCGAGAUUACCUCCCCCAAGAACGUCAAGGUGUUGUCGUCCGGAAACCUGGUCACGCCGCUCGUCAUUGGUAAGGACACACUGUCGCCGCCUACAGUGCAGUACAGCAGCCUUGACAAUGGCGACAUCUACAACGUACCGAAUGGGGUGGUCAACGUCUCCGCGGUGAAUCCUGUCCUGGAUCCCACCAAGUACGGUCUGGAUUUCUGGGAGAGCCUCAGCGGCGAGUUGGUCACCGUUAAGAAGCCGGUGGCCAUCAAGACGCCAAACCAGUACGGCGAUACCUGGGUGAUUGGUGAUUGGGUUGCGACGGGGAGGAACAAGCAUGGCGGUGUGACCAUGUCUGACAAGGACUCCAAUCCCGAAGCCAUCAUCAUCGGCUCUCCACUUGAUGGCACCAAGAACUCCGCCGACUCCAAAAUGGGCGACCAGUUCGAAGACAUCACCGGCAUUGUCCAGCACGCCUUCGGCUUCUACUCCAUCCUCCCCCUGACGGCCAUCAAGACCGCCACGCCCGCAUCCGCUGCUGUCCCUCCGACGAGCCUUCUCAGCCAAGGCAACUGCAAGGCCAUUACUGUCGGGAGCUACAACGUCGAGAACCUGAACCCCAAAUCGACCCAUCUCCCUCAGAUCGCCGCCCACAUCGUCGACUACAUGAAGACGCCAGACCUGCUCUUUGUCCAAGAAGUCCAGGACAAUAGCGGCGAAACCGACGACGGCGUAGUCUCAGCCAACGUGACCCUUACUGCCCUCGUCGGCGCCAUCGAGUCCCUCAGCGGUGUGACCUACGCCUUUGCCGACGUCGACCCAGUCAAUAACGCCGACGGCGGCGCGCCAGGCGGCAACAUCCGGACGGCCUACCUGUAUCGUCCCGAGGUGGUGAGGCUAUACAAGCCCAACCAAGGCGGCGCCACUGAUGCGACCGAGGUCGUGCCUGUCAGCAACGGCAGCAAGGCCGUGCCGGCGCUGUCGUUCAACCCGGGCCGCAUCGAUCCCGCCAACCCGGCGUGGGAGCGCAGCAGGAAGCCGCUGGCAGCCGCGUGGAAGGCCAAGGGCGCCAGGCGGCCCUUCUACACGGUCAAUGUGCAUUGGGCGAGCAAGAGCGGCGGCGGCACGUCGCUGCAUGGCGAUCGCAGACCGCCUCUUAAUGGCGCUGUGGAGGCGAGGAGUGCGCAGGCCAAUGUCACGGGAUCGUUUAUUGCGCAGAUCCUCGAGCUCGACCCAGCGGCGAACGUCAUUGCCGCGGGCGAUUUCAACGAGUUUGCGUUUGUACAGCCUAUGAGAACUUUCUCAGCCAUCUCGUCAAUGGUUGACCUUGACGAGGCCGCCGGUAUUCCCGUGGAGGAGCGAUACACCUACGCCUAUGAUAUGAACGCCCAGGCCCUUGACCACAUGUACGUCAGCCCAGCGCUGGCGCACAAGAAGUCCACCCGCUUCGAGCACAUCCACAUCAACUCGUGGGCGGCCUAUGACGACCAGGUGUCCGACCAUGACCCGGGUGUUGCCUUGUUCGAUGUCUGCGGUUGCUGAGACCGGACAGGAUGAGGUUGUACUUGUAUAGUACCAUUAGGAGUAAAUAAUAUCUGAACAGAUGUGAUGACCUGGGCAUCCCCUGGAUGGG